CUUCCAUUUUCAUACAAGACUACGAAAACCAUAAACCACCAAGUAAACCCCACACGCUCUCUCUCUUUUGCUUCCUUCUUCUUAUCCAAAACUCUACCAAAAAGCUAAAGAGAAGCUCAGCCUCAAGAAACAGAGGGAAAAGAGAAUAAGAAAACAAGAAAGAAAAGAGAGAUCGAUCUUGGGAUAGAUAGAGAAAUCAAGUCGAGAUUUAAUACGGUUGCGUUGCUGUUUUUGCAAGCGGUAAGAAAGGGACAAACAAGUUAACUUGAGUUUAAUACGGUUGGUGCUGUCAGCUAAAUGGGUAUAUUUGAGGAAAUGGGUUUCUGUGGUAAUCUUGAUUAUCUCGCCGCAGCUUCUGGGGAAGUGGAGUUUUCUGUGCAAGUUGAACCGAUGGUGAAGGUUGAUGAAGACUGCAGCGAUGAGGAGAUGGAUGUUGAUGAGCUAGAAAGGAGGAUCUGGAGAGAUAAGAUGCUCUUGCGGCGGCUUAAGGAGCAGAAGAAGACCAAGAAUGAGAUUGAUGGUAGCACAAAACAACGUCACUCCCAGGAGCAAGCACGAAGGAAGAAAAUGUCCCGGGCACAAGAUGGCAUCUUGAAGUAUAUGUUGAAGAUGAUGGAGGUUUGUAGAGCUCAAGGUUUUGUCUACGGCAUCAUUCCUGAGAAAGGAAAACCAGUCACGGGUGCCUCUGACAAUCUUCGUCCAUGGUGGAAAGAGAAAGUCAGAUUUGAUCGCAAUGGGCCAGCUGCAUUAGCCAAGUAUCAGGCAGAGAAUUCAGUCCCCAGAAAAGUUGAGGAUCUGAGUGCAGCGACCUCAACUCCUCAUACUCUUCUGGAGCUACAGGACACCACACUUGGCUCCUUGUUGUCAGCUUUGAUGCAGCACUGUGAUCCGCCCCAAAGGCGGUUCCCCUUAGAGAAGGGUAUUCCCCCACCUUGGUGGCCUACCGGAGAUGAGGAAUGGUGGCAUCAACUAAGUUUACCUAAGGAUCAAGGACCUCCCCCAUAUAAGAAGCCGCAUGAUUUGAAGAAGGCUUGGAAGGUUAGCGUUCUCACUGCUGUAAUCAAACACAUGUCCCCUGAUAUUGCCAAGAUUCGCAAGCUUGUUCGUCAGUCGAAAUGCCUGCAGGAUAAGAUGACUGCCAAGGAGAGUGCAACUUGGCUUGCUGUUAUCAACCAAGAGGAGACUCUGUCCAGAAAUCUGUAUCCUGAUAGCUAUCCAGCACCAUCCUUGGCUGAUGGGAGCAGGUCGUAUUUGAUCAGUGAAACCAAUGACUAUGAUGUUGAAGGAGUUGAAGAUGAUGGGAAUUUUGAGGUGGACUGUAAGCCACUCGACCGAACUUCUUUCGACUUUGGGAUGGCUACACUUAAAAAUGAGCCUAUCAUGCCACCAUUAACUCCAGUGAAGGGAGAGAUCAUUGAUAUAGAUUCCGAUUUUAUUCUGAAAAGGAAACAGAUGUCAUGUGAGUUUCCUCAAUGCCCUUACAACGACUUUCGCAUGGGAUUUAAUGACCGAACAUGCAGGAACAACCACCAAAUUAGUUGCCCAUUCCGCUUCAGUUCUUCUGGAAAUUUUGGUCCACCAAGUUAUCAGAUAAACAACAAGAAGCCACCCAUAUUUUCAGUGCCGUCUGCUGAAACCAACUCGGCUGCUCUGCCCAUGAAUAACGACCCUCUGACUUCUGUGAGCGUUUCUGGACUUGGAAUUCCAGAAGACGGCCAAAAAGUUAUUUCUGAGCUCAUGUCUUCCUAUAAUGGUAAUAAUCAGCAUGGCAAUACCUUUCAUUCCGAGAAUUUUCACAUUCUUGAAGGUCAGAACCAACAGCAGCCAGCAGCAUAUCUGCAACAAAAUGAUGAUGACUCCAAACAGGGAGCUUCAUCCCAAGGAAUAUUUCAGGGAACCAGUGUUCCGUUGAGUAGUUCGGUCUUUUCAUCAUCAGCAUUCCAGUAUGAUCAGUGCAAGUCUUCAUGCAAUUCCUCAUUUACCAGCAAUGUGUCUGACAAUAUUUCCGACUUCAGAUUUGGUUCUCCCCUCAAUUCUACACAACUUGACUACUUUGUCGAUCCACUACCAAAGCAUGAAGUGUCUUUGUGGUAUCUUUGAACCCAGAGUUCUUACUCGGCUGCUGACUGCACUACCAAAGCAGGAAGCCACUGCAUAUCGUGACCCGCUCUAAUCAGGUUAACCUUCUUAAUUUAGUAUAUAUGAGCAUUAUUGUAGAUAAAAAAAUGUAGUUAAUCUGUGUGCUUUACUAUGUUUCGAACUUAAUAUAUUCGCUUAGUGACAGCAACUAUCAUAAUCCAUAUUUUAAAUGUACUUACAUUAGUUGGCAUCCGGUCUAGGAAAGUAUUCUCAGUACUUGCAUUGAUGUCUUAAGCCUAGAAUGUCUGUAAUAUGCAAACUCACUAUGAAAGAAGCAAGUUUUGUUGAAUAGCUCUA